ACUGGGCUGGCAACCUUUCCCAGGCUGACCUCCUUGCCGAGGCCAAGCGUCUUCGUCUCGCCCACUGGAAGAUCCAGAAGGAUGCCGGUGUCGAUGUUAUUCCCAGCAACGACUUUGCCCUCUAUGACCAAGUCCUUGCCCACAUCCAAGACUUCGGUGUAAGUAGAGGCCGUUAAUACACCGAUUAGCUUUACUACAUUUGCUGACCCGUCGCUGUUCACAGGCUGUCCCCGAGCGUUACUCAGGCGCUGGUCUCGACCGCAUCGAUGAAUACUUUGCCAUGGGCCGUGGCCACCAGAAGGGUGGUGUUGAUGUUCCCAGCUUGGAGAUGGUGAAGUGGUUUGACUCCAACUACCAUUAUGUCAAGCCUACUCUCCAGGACAACCAGAAGUUCACCCUCACUUCUAGCCCCAAGGCUAUCAACGAGUUCAACGAGGCUAAGGAGGCUGGCAUUAUUACCCGGCCCGUUCUCGUUGGUCCUGUCUCUUUCCUACACCUCGGAAAGGCCGACCGUGGCCAGAGCGUCGACCCCAUUGAUCUCCUUGACAACCUACUGCCCGUCUAUGAGCAGCUUUUGACCCAGCUCAAGCAGGCUGGUGCCGAGACUGUCCAAAUUGAUGAGCCUGUUCUUGUAUUUGAUCUUCCUGCCAAGGCCAAGGCUGCCUUCAAGCCUGCCUACGAGAAGUUCGCUAGCCUCGGUGACAAGAUCCCCAAGCUUGUCUUCACCACUUACUUUGGUGAUAUCGUCCACAACCUUGAGGCCGUACCCAAGGACAUCUACGCCGUCCACAUUGACCUGGUUCGCAACCCUGAGCAGCUAGACACUGUUGCUAGCGCUCUUGGUCCCAACACCAUCUUAUCAGCUGGUGUCGUUGACGGCCGUAACAUCUGGAAGACCAACUUCAAGCGUGCCAUUGAGACUGCUGAGAGUGCCAUCCAGAAGCUUGGCAAGGACCGUGUCGUUGUUGCCACAUCAAGCUCUCUCCUUCACACCCCUCACACUCUUGCCAGCGAGAAAAAGCUGGACCCUGAGAUCGCCGAUUGGUUCUCUUUCGCCUCAGAGAAGGCCGUCGAAGUUGCCAUCAUUGCCAAGGCCGUCACUGAAGGCCCUGCUUCCGUCAAGGAGGCUUUAGAGGCCAAUGCCAAGUCAAUGAACGCCCGUGCUACAUCCAAGCGCACCAACAACCCUGAGGUUAAGGACAGACAGUCCAAGAUCCAAGCUUCCGACUACAACCGCAAGUCUGAAUUCCCUAACAGAAUCUCUCAACAAGAAGCCAAGCUUAAGCUUCCUCUAUUCCCCACAACUACCAUUGGAUCCUUCCCCCAGACCAAGGAAAUCCGUAUCCAGCGAAGCAAGUUCACCAAGAAGGAGAUCACUGAGGCUCAAUAUGACAAGUUCAUUGAGCAGGAGAUUGACAUGAACGUCAAGAUCCAGGAUGAGCUUGACCUCGACGUCUACGUUCACGGUGAACCUGAACGUAACGACAUGGUUCAGUACUUCGGCGAGCGCCUCGAUGGUUAUGCCUUCACUACCCACGCUUGGGUUCAGAGCUACGGUUCUCGUUGCGUACGACCUCCUAUCAUUGUCGGUGACAUUUCUCGCCCGGCUCCUAUGACCGUCAAGGAGUCUAAAUAUGCCGUCUCCGUGUCCAAGAAGCCCAUGAAGGGUAUGUUGACUGGUCCCGUCACCUGCCUGCGAUGGUCUUUCCCCCGUGACGAUGUCCACCAGUCCGUCCAGGCUGAGCAGCUAGCUUUGGCUCUCCGUGACGAGGUCGUUGACCUCGAGAAGGCUGGCAUCGAUGUCAUCCAGGUCGAUGAGCCUGCUCUUCGUGAGGGUCUUCCCCUGCGAGCUGGUAAGGAGCGUGAGGCUUACCUUGAAUGGGCUGUCAAGGCUUUCAAGCUCUCUACUGUCGGUGUAGAGGACUCUACUCAGAUCCACUCUCACUUCUGUUACUCCGAGUUCCAGGACUUUUUCCACGCCAUCGCUGCACUUGACGCCGAUGUGCUGUCCAUUGAGAACAGCAAGUCUGACUCCAAGCUGCUCAGCGUUUUUGUUGAUGAGGCUUACCCCCGCCACAUCGGUCCUGGUGUCUACGAUAUCCACUCGCCUCGUGUUCCCAGCGAACAGGAGAUCAAGGACCGCAUCGAGGAGAUGCUUCAGUACUUGAAGCCUGAGCAGCUCUGGAUCAACCCCGACUGCGGUCUUAAGACUCGUCAGUGGAAAGAGACCAAGGAGGCGCUGGUCAACAUGGUCAAUGCCGCCAAGUUCUUCCGCGCCAAGUACGCCAAAUAAAUGGCAGUUUUGCCUCAAUACCCAAGUCUGCGUUCGGUGAGCGCAUGACAUUUUGUUUAAAAAUUUCUUUUGUUUAGCAUUACUGCGCCGGGCCGGGCACUUGCCUUCUCGAUUUCAACAUCGGCGUUCUCAUGGUGUGGGUUUUCAUGAAACUGUCAUAUACCAAAAAGUCAUACAGGCAAGCCAGGCGGCUGGGAAACGGGAGCAUUCAACAAGCAUUUAAAGCGGCGGGAAAGGAAAUAUGAUACCACGGUCCAUCAACCGGACCUGGGGAGAAAGGCGUUUACUGGAAUUUGGUUAGCAUAUUCCGGCGAGGCUACUACUGUUGCCUUGUUUGUAGAGAUAGUAGUUGUCACGAAGAAGCUGAUCCCAAAACCCUUCAACUGGGUAGGGAUUGAAAAGACAACAAUAAUUGACAUUCGAGACGGCGACAGCUGUUUUCUCGAUGUGAAACACCAUUUUUACUUUUCUCCUCAUGCCCUCGUGAAAGAAAACAAGUUUCAUUUAAACCAU